AUGGAACUAUUUUAUAUUCUUAUUAUUCUAGGAGCGCUGUGUGUUGAAAAGGCCUUAGGAAUGAAAGUCAUUUUUGCCAACAAUCAGUCUGGAUAUCUAUACAACAUAGGAGGAAGAGGAUACAUAACAAACUCUCCAAUAAAUGGGGCAAAUGGAGUAAAAAAUGCAUUGUCUGUGACAAACGAUGUCGAUGAUGCUUUAGAGCUAAAGGUAACAAGAAAGAGCUUCAAAGAUCUCACAUACCAUACUAUAUCUGCUGCAGACAAGUGGUGUCAAAGAAGCACGGAAAGCCAGAAUGGCAUGGGCAAGUGUGUAUUUAGCUAUACAAAGGACCUGGGGACACGUGCAGGAUUAGCACUUUCUCCAGAAAAGGGCAGUUUUAACAACUACUUUAUGUUUUCGCUUCCUUUAACCCGCAAAACAAACGCCUUUCAGAUAUACAACCAAGGGAUGUGUUUGGGUAUAGAUUCCGUUGGUGCCCUGGAUCUUUCAGACUGUGUGGAGGAAACCUCCCUAGCAAAGGACAAGCAGUUAUUUAUGUGGGUUGACAAAGCAUGGUUUGACAGAGGAAUGAAAAAUAAAAGGGAUGAAAAAUAACCUAAUCACCACACCCCAGC